AUGUAUCCCUCUCCCACCAAGUACGAACUGCCGCUGCCCUCCCAGUCUCCCAAGCCAGCACGAGCAUCGGAGGGUCUCGCUGGUCCCGGUCCCAGCCCCUUCCACGUGGCGAGACCCAACGAGCCGAUGUUCGUGCCCGACCCCGAUGCCGCGAGGCGAGCAGAGGACUUCUUGUAUGGCCGCUCGGACACCACGAGCAAGCCUGCUGCUGCAGCCGCAGCACCUCGUGCGGCUGCAGCCCCUCUGCAAACCAAGCGCAAGGGUAGGGAUGAGGACGACGACGGGGAGGGAGAUCGUUUUGCGGCCGGGGCGGUGAGCCCGAAGAAGGGAUACAAGAAGGCCGGUGAUGGGGCAGGGGAGGAGCCACAAUUUGUUGGGGGACCGAGCAUGGAGGUUGCGCUUGGGAUCAGCCAAGGGCUGUCGGCGUUCACGCUUGGGCUUGCUCCGUCCGGAGCAGCCUCGUGGGCGCCCGUCGACGACAACAUCGAUCCGAGCCUCCGAUAUCUGGGCAAGGAUGCCGCUACGAUCGAAACUGAAAAGUUUCGACGUAUUCAAGAGCAACACGCAGCGGCGCAGAGCGGGUACCAUCCCUCUGCCGGUGUUGUCGACGACCAGCCAUCGGAAGAGGGUCCACAAGAGGAGGAGGAUUUUGGGCCUGGAGGAUGGCCCGGUGCACCGACUGGAGAAGACUUCAGAUUCGGUGGAGGAUUCGGUGGAUUUGGUGGGCAAUGGGGUGGGGGAUUCGGUGGAGGAUGGGGAGACCAGGGAGUCGGUGGAGGAUGGGGAGACCUGAACCAGACGCCAGCCUGGGACGAGGACCAGGCCCUUGCUUCAGCCUAUGAAGGGGACGGUCAGUACGGCGACCAGAACCAGACGGCUGGAGCAGGGUAUGGCGAUGUGUUGAUGGCACCCGCAAUGACCGAGGGCCAGUUGGAGAGCCGGAUCCAGGCUGCCAGCCAGCGGGCUUUCGAGGCCGGAAUCGCAGACGGGAAAGAGUCUUGCCGCCCGGACCUCGAGCGAAAGGAUGGGGAGAUCCGAUUCCUCGGGGACCGCUUCCGCGACCUCGAAGCCCAAUACAAGCUUCUCCAGCAGAGCCAAGGACAGGAGAUCGCCGAGCUCACGGCCAAGGCCGGUGAGCUCAGCUCCCGAAUUGUGCCUGCGGAGAUCUUGGAGGCAGCCAAGAACAAGUUCUCGGCGGUCGCCCUGGACCGGGACCAGGUCCGGAGCCAGUUGGAGACCGCCAACCGGGACCUUCAGGCCCAGAAGCUCUUGGUUGAGCAACUUCAAGCCAACCAACGAGCCCUCGAGGCGGCUGCUGCCGCGGUUGUACCUGCCGGGGCUGCGCGAGCAGACCUCGAUGAGGCCAAUCGCAAGGUAGCAGACCUCGAGGAAGGCCUGAAGGACCACGAGAGCUUGAAGAGCGAUCUUCUCGCAGCAAAUCUCAAGCUCAAGAGCUUUGAGCAAGACGUCAAGGACAACAAUUGCCUGACGGUAAAGCUCGGAGCUCUUGAGCUCGAGAUUGCGACUCUGAAGGGAGAGCAGGCGGUGGCUGAGACGACCCAGCGCGAGCUGGCCAGCACCAAGAGCACCCUGGAGGAGGUGAGUCUUCAGCUUGAAGACUCACAGGUAGAGAAGGAGACCCUCUUACAGAGGGUCUCCGACUCACAGGUAGAGAACGAGGCCCUCUGUAAGAGGGUUUCGGACUCUACCGAGAAGAUCAGCGAGUUGGAGAGCGAGAUUGCCUCUCUCAGGGAGGGGUUGGGUACGAUUACAGUACAGCCAGCCCGAGACCUUGAGGGAGCCAGUCUCGCGGAGGGAAUCCUAGCACGCCUCGUUAGCGAGCUGCCGGAAUUCGAUCGCAACGAGACCUCGCGCCGUCUCUUGUGUUCCGGCAGCAGCAUCGAGGGCCAAGGGGUAAUCGUGAGCCAGUACUUGGCGAAAGCCAAGUACCAAGGAUCGAAGUACCACUGGCUGAAGGUGGACUUGAGCAAUGUGGUCUCCGGAAAGGGGAAGCAUUGGGAUCCGGAGGCACGCCGUCGUCUUGCGGGACGACGAGGCGGCGCCGGAUUGGUCUCGGGCGUCAAUGCCGAGACCCUGGGACAGGCACCUCUGGCUCCAACUCCGGCUCCAACUCCGGCUCCGGCUCCGGCCCCAGUUCCGACCCCCGCUCCCCCUCCAGUACCGGCACCAGCACCAGUACCAGUACCAGCUCCAGCACCCACCAUGGUCACCUCUCCGAUCAUGGUGGUGUCGAUUUCACCAGUGUUCCCGUCUGGAACAACCCGGGGCCAGGGUGGCAGAUCAUCCUGGCCCACGGCGGUGGUCCGGUCCCGUACUAUGUAUGGGGCUGCGAUCAUCGUCGUAAUGGGUCUGAUCUGCACAAGUUGGUACUUGCAGCUGCCGCAGCUACCAACCACCAGCAGCAGAUGGGCUCCUGACCGGUCCCACUUGGAAAACACAUGCCCCUACUUUCCCGAGGCGGCAUGUGUCCCAAUGUGCGCGGAUCGACCGAGCCCACCUGCUAUUGAGGUGGUUGGAGAGCUUCUGGAGGGGAGCGGAGAGCACUCGUCGUACGACGACUGCGUCUUUGAGGAGGACUGUGGGCGACCCGAGCCGUCCAGGCUCACCAUGAAGAGCGUGCUCAUCGGCAGCAUCGUGUUGCUGUCCGCAUGGCCGCUCAAAUUGGCGCUUGGGCGGUGA